AUGACAACAAUCAAGAUCUGCGAGGACGAAAGCAACGACGAGAGUCGCCGGUUUCGCCAGGAUGUCAUCACACGCGCCGUCAACGUCGUUGACACAAAGGAGUUGUCAAGGGUAGAGGUCUCCAUCUUGCGGGACCAUGCGGUCCAGCUUAGCAACACCAAUGACUCGCAGACCAAGAGAAUCAAAGACCAGGACAAAAUCAUUCAGGCCCAAACGGACAAGAUCAAGAGAUUGCAGUCCAAGUUGAAAGAGCGUAACGCCUUUAUCGAGCAGCAACGCAAAGUCUGUGAUAAGCAGACACGCCUUCAUAACGAGGCCAGGAAGUGUGUCAAAUCGCUCGAGAAGGAGUUGAAGCAGGCCGAGGAUCGCUUCGAAAAGGCCAGUAAGGGCAUCGUCGAUGUCGUCCGUCACAUGUUCCUCCACGUCAGGAGAAUAAAUGACGUGACCAAGACACACGGUCGAAGAAUGAUGGAAAAGGGAAAGGUCGAGGCCGGCGAACCCCCAUGUGCGUACACGGAAGACAUUCUGGACGACGAGUACCAUGACGCAAAUUUCCACGAGAGCCAGCAGCGCAAUGUUGUUAAUGGUCUACUUAAAAAGCUUACCGAUAAAUCUGGCAUCUCUUUCGCGGGUGCAUGGGAAUUUGCAGAGGAGCAGAUGCGUUCGGGCCAGCGCUCCUAA